AUGCCCAGCAUCGUGCUGUUCAGUAGCAGUUCCCACCAGGACCUGUCCCAGAAAGUGGCAGACAGGUUGGGGCUGGAACUGGGCAAGGUAGUCACUAAGAAGUUCCGCAAUCAGGAGACCAGUGUAGAAAUUGAUAAAAGUGUGAGAGGGGAAGAUGUCUACAUCAUCCAAAGCAGCUGUGUGGAAAUUAAUGAUAACAUGAUGGAACUUCUCAUUAUGAUCAAUGCUUGCAAAAUUGCAUCAUCAUCCAGGGUGACUGCAGUGAUCCCAUGUUUUCCAUAUGCCCGACAAGAUAAAAAUGACAAGAGUCAUGCUCCAAUUUCUGCAAAACUUGUGGCUAAUAUGCUUUCAGUGGCUGGGGCUGAUCAUAUUAUUACAAUGGAUCUCCAUGCUUCUCAGAUACAGGGAUUUUUUGAUAUUCCAGUGGAUAAUUUGUAUGCAGAACCUGCAGUCUUACAAUGGAUUCGAGAAAAUAUUGCAGAAUGGAGGAAUUGUAUCAUUGUGUCUCCAGAUGCUGGUGGAGCGAAAAGAGUGACAUCAAUUGCUGACAGACUGAAUGUGGAGUUCGCUUUGAUUCAUAAAGAAAGAAAGAAGGCAAAUGAAGUAGACAGUAUGGUUUUAGUUGGUGAUGUGAAAGAUCGUGUAGCCAUCCUUGUGGAUGACAUGGCUGAUACAUGUGGCACGAUAUGCCACGCUGCAGAUAAGUUACUGUCUGCUGGAGCCACCAAAGUUUAUGCUAUUCUGACUCAUGGAAUCUUCUCUGGGCCAGCUAUUUCCAGGAUUAAUAAUGCAGCAUUUGAGGCUGUGGUGGUCACAAAUACAAUUCCACAAGAAGACAAAAUGAAGCACUGCUCUAAAAUCCAGGUUAUUGACAUUUCAAUGAUACUGGCUGAAGUGACACCCACCAAACACAGGGCUCUGUUCUGGGCCCUCUUUUCUUCUAUCGUUGUUAUUGUUUAA